GCACCCGUUCCCGCGACGUGGAAAGACAGAUAAUGGGGGCUGAUGGCAGCGAGAAACGACUAAUCCUUAUCCUGAACAAGAUCUAUCUCGUGCAAGGGACGCCUGAAUGGGUGGUUGGAUUAUCUCCGCAGAGACUUCCUAACGCUGCUACUAAGCGCUAGCAGGUCUGCUGCGAAUGCCCAGACAUUUGAUCAUAAAUCCUUGAUGGUAUAGGGCACCUUAGCUACUCUUCUGGAGACUCUGAAAUCAUUUGCGCAUGCCAAACAGCUCAACCGGUUGGUACCAGUGGGUGUAAUUGGAUACCCGAAUGUUGAGAAAUUAUCAGUUAUCAACACCCUUACCGGCCGUCUGGGUGGCUUAUGGACCGCCUGUCCGACAGGCGCUGAAGGCGCCGUAACCACAAGCUUACUAGAAGUCAAGCUAGACAAAAGGCUCAAAAUGGUGGCUCAAAGGACAACCAGGCACAUCUCAUCCUCCUAAGUGCCCUCCAACCAAAGCAAAUCCUCGACCCGGUACCUGCAGUUUCCCUUCUCAUCCGCCCGCUAUCUACAUCUCACACGCUAUUUGACAAACUCCUCCACUUUUACAACCUCCCUCCCAUCGUCGAUACUACCGCCACUGAUCUCACAAUAGACCUCCUAAUGUAGGUCGCACGAGAGUGUGGGCGACUAGGUAAAGGAGGUAUCCCCGACAUCGAAGGGGCGGCAAAGGUCGUCAUAAUGGAUUGGAGGGAUGGAAGGAGUCAAGGUUGGAUUGAUCCCGACAACUACCAAGGUGUUAAGCCAGCCACCGCUGCCAUAAUGAUUGAUGAUCGAAAAGAGAUUGUUAAAGAGUCGACUGAAGCGUUUAAAUUGGAUGGGCUAAGGGGUGAGGAUUGGAAUGCUGGCGGACAGGGCGAGGAGAUGGAGAUCGAGGAUUGAUGAUCCUGUAGCAUCUGUUAUUUUCUUUAUACAAAAGCUUGUGUAGUGCUUGCUUCGAUUUUUUUUGUAGUGGUCCGCCACAGUGCUCUAGCUUUUCAGUAGAUAUGGGCUAUGAAUGUAUAGUUCCGGCAGCCCAUACGGAUAACAUCUUUCACACACAAAACCCUAGCCUCGGUAGCCACCACAGACCGGCGGGAGGAAAUCGUAAUCACUAUUGUACUCGAGUACAGUAGUGCUAGCUGAGCAAAAGCCCGUAUGGGCACCCACUAGCGAUACCCAUGUAAACCUGGAAGUGUACUGUACCUCCCACCACCGCUAUCCGUGAUGAAAAUAGCUUAUCACGCUCAAAAUCGUAUAAGCAAAAUAAAAGGUAUAACCUCACCUUUACAUCUUCUCCCACCCUGCUCCUCCUUUCCUUUCUUU